AUGGAAGAUAAAUAUAUAUUAUCGCUGGAUAUUGGAACUAGUACCAUUCGAUCUGUAAUUUACAAUUCAAAGACUGAUAUUAUAGGCAAUGCUUUUGAACAGGUUGUUUUACAUUACCCAAAACCUGGUUUUGUAGAAGUUGAUCCUGACGAACUCUGGCAGUCAAUUGUUAAUGUUGUGAAAAAAUCUCUCGAAGAUGCCAGCCUUUCAGCAGCACAAAUCACAGCGAUGGGUAUUUCAACCCAGCGCAGUACAUUCAUAACUUGGUCGCGUAAAACGGGAAGAACGUUCCAUAGAUUUUGUACAUGGAAGGACAUAAGGGCUGAUAAACUCGUUACAGAAUGGAAUUAUUCGUACACUUGGAAGGCAAUAAAAUUAGGCGCCUAUGUUCUUCAUAUGGUAACAAGAAACAAACGUUUUAGAGCUGGAAGCGUUAUGAAAUUUACUAAUAAUCAGACUCUACUGAGAUUAUGCUGGGCGCUACAAAAUAUACCAGCGUUGAAAAACGCUGUGCAGAAUAAUGACGCGAUGUUCGGAACCUUGGAAACUUGGCUGUUGUACAAACUCACAGGUAACAAGGUCCACAUGUCGGACGUAUCCUCUGCCUCAGCGACGGGUUUAUUCGACCCCUUCACAAUGCAGUGGGCAGGUUGGGCGAUGCCAUUAUUUAAUAUACCGAAAUCCAUCUUACCUGAAGUAGUGGACAAUGCAGGCGAGCAUUUUACGAGUACUGUGCCAGAGAUUUGGGGCCACGCUAUACCUAUUAGAAGCUGUAUAGCCGACCAAACAGCUUCAAUGUGGGGAUCGUGUUGUUUCGACACGGGCGAUGUGAAGCUUACAAUGGGAACGGGUACAUUCUUCAAUAUAAACACCGGCCGCUCGCCUCAUGCUAGUGUGUCGGGGUUGUACCCAGUGGUGGGCUGGCGGCUGGGCGACGAGAUAGUGUUUUCGGCGGAGGGCGGUAACAACGAUACCGCCACUAUUAUAACGUGGGCGCAGAAUAUAGGAUUGUUUGAAAGCCCCGCUGAUACAGCUGAAAUAGCGAUGUCUGUUCCUGAUACGGACGGGAUAUACUUUAUACCAGCGUUUAGUGGAUUAGGGGCACCAUACAACGACUGCACUGCAGCUGCCGGCUUCAUCGGCAUUAAGCCGUCGACGGUUAAGGCGCAUUUAGUGCGCGCCAUACUCGAGGCCAUCGCAUUUCGAACCGUGCAACUGUACGCCUGCGUACGUGCAGAAACUAAUUACGUUUUUAACGAUAUCAGGUUGGAUGGCGGCGUUUCUAAUAACGAUUUCAUAGCUCAGCUGAUAUCAGAUCUCACAGGACUACGCGUGGAAAGACCUGCGCAAGUUGAAAUGUCUUCCUUAGGCUGUGCACACUUAGUUGGUUUGCAAUUAGGUAUAUUCAAAUCAAAAGAAAAACUAAAGUCAAUGCGAAAAAUUGGCACGGUUUUCACUCCCCGUCCUCAUAUUAAAAAAGCAUAUGAAUAUACUUUCCGCCGUUGGGAAGAGGCAGUAAAUAGAAUGUGCGGCUGGUACAAGGAAACCCAACCCUCCACAGCCAUUUCAGAUACUAAUGAUUCGCUAACACAACAAGACACCAUCAAAAUGGCGGCACCGGGGGAAAAAGGUGACUACGUCAAAUAG